UGUAAACUGAGAGGAAGAUGAUUGAAAAGACUUGAACGGGUUCAUUCAUAAUAACAAAGUAAAUCCUGUGUAGCGCAGAUCCGGACUCGGCUCCGGAACCAGCAACAUGUCGAACCCGGAGGAACCAGCGAACAUCGGCAGGGUGCUGAGUUUUCUCCGGGAGUGGGACCGUGGAGACAGGGCGGUGCGCAGCCGCAUGUUGAGCACCUUUGUGGGUCAGAGCUCAGGGAAGACGUGCUACGAGCUGGAGAGUCAGUUCGCUCAGGUGUCCAGUCUCUUUCUGGCUCGACUCACCACCUGGAUGAGACUCACAUACAUGUUUGGGACUUUCUUGGGCCUCCAGUUGAGAGCAAUUGGGAUUUUCCUGUCUGCAUCAGGCCACGAUCAGUACCUGACGGAGUUCCUGGAGGACGGAGGCAUCCUCACUCUCCUGGACAUCCUGAGACACGCUGAGAGCAAAGAGGAGGACAAGGCCGAGGUUGUCCAUCUCCUGCUCACUGUCUCCAACGCUGGUCGCAAGUACAAAGAGAUGAUCUGUGAAAGCCAUGGUGUGGAAGUGAUAGCAGAGUGUCUGGCCAAGUCCAACACAGAAGAAACCCAAGACACAGGCUGGGCCCUGCUGGAGUCCCUGUCCCACUGGAAUCCUAAAUAUCAACCUCUGAUCUACAAAAGCCUCAUCGCCCUCAUGGCUUGUAGUUCUCCCAAAGCCCAGCAGAUGGUGCUGCACACCCUACGUGUUGUUCAGUCCAAAAUGAAGACGGCCCAUCACAGCAUCGUUGAGCCUCUGCUGAACAUGCUGCGAUCUCUUCACCUGGACGUCCAGGAUGAAGCUAUUCACCUUAUCCUCGACCUGAAGUGUUCUGAAGUGAGGCCGGUGCUUCUCAGUGGCCUGGUGGCUCUGCUGAGGCCUGCCACAGAAGACGUGAAGUCACAGCAGAUCACAGAAGAGGCUGAAACGAUAGUGAUGAUUGGUUCUCUGCCUGUGUUUGUGCAACAAGCGGCUGCAGCUAAAACCAUAAGGUUGCUGGCUGAAGAGGAUCAGGAGAUUUCUCAUGCUCUUGUCUCUCUUGGAGUGAUCCAGUGUCUCCUGUGUGCUUUGGGCAACAGAGAACACACUGACGCUCAAAUACAAGCUAGCCUGGCCCUACAGCACUUUGUCCGCUCAUUCCCUGUUAUUGAGGAACGUGUGGAGAGAUUCAUGGGCAGGUCCCUGUUUGCAGCCUUUGUGAACCAGGCUGACACUUUCCACAUGAAUCUGGAUGAAACACAAGCAGAGAACCUGCUGACGAACAAAGUCAACUUAUGUGAAGGUGAAAACUUUAACCACCUGAUUGGACGAGCAUCUGGAACGUGGCGGGAGACAAACUGGAAUCUGCGAGGUAAACAAACGGUGACAUCCGACUGUACAUGUGGACUGAUGAUGAGCGGGUUGCGAUCAGCGAUGCGUCCAAGCAAAAGAGGCGGAGUGGAAGUGAUAGAAUCUGCAAAAUCAAAGAGGAAGAGGACAAAGACAGCGGUGAAAGAAGAGGAAACCACUGCCUCACCGUCCUCUUACCACACGUUCACUGAUCCUGGAGCUGUGCUGCUGCUGCGCUCUGAGCUCCUGACGUGGUACGACAGGGAGAGGAGGGAGCUGCCAUGGAGGACUCUGGCUGUGACAGAACCAGACCUCAACAUCAGGACAUAUGCAGUCUGGGUUUCAGAAAUCAUGCUGCAACAGACUCAAGUGGCCACAGUAAUAGAUUACUACAACAAGUGGAUGAAGCGGUGGCCGACUGUUCAGGAUCUGUCAGCUGCCACACUGGAGGAGGUGAACCAGAUGUGGGCGGGUCUCGGAUACUAUUCCAGAGGACGAAGACUUCAUGAAGGAGCUCAGAAGGUCGUGACAGAGCUGAAGGGACAGAUGCCUCGGACAGUUGACAGCCUGCUCAGGGAGUUACCUGGUGUGGGACGCUACACUGCUGCUGCUGUUGGUUCUAUUGCACUGGGACAGGUAACCGGAGCUGUGGACGGAAACGUGAUCCGGGGGCUGUGUCGCCUGAGAGCCAUUGGAGCCGACAGCACCAGUCCUGCAGUAACUGAGGCUCUUUGGGAUCUAGCCAACACACUGGUGGACCCAGACAGACCUGGGGACUUUAACCAGGCCAUGAUGGAGCUGGGGGCCCGAGUGUGUACCCCUAAAGGAGCAGUGUGCAGCCAGUGUCCUGUCCAGUCUCACUGCCAUUCGUAUCGCAAGGUUCACGUAAAACAAGAGCAAAACUCUAAGAAGCUUCUGGGGAAGCUGGGGGGGAAGACUUCAUCCCUGCCUGAUAUAGAAGACUGUGUAAUCAGUGGAACCUGUCGGCUCUGUCCCUCGGAGCCUUGGGACAAUGCAUUGGGCGUUAACAACUUCCCCAGGAAGCCUGCAAAGAAGGCGCCCCGGGUGGAGCGAACUCUGACCUGUAUGGUGAUCAGACGUGCUGACGAGGGAGAGGAGGAGUACCUGCUCACACAGAGACCAGACAAAGGUUUGUUGGCAGGCUUGUGGGAGUUUCCUAGUCUUCUGCUGGAUGAGGAGAGUUCUGAGAUAAAACAAAAGGGGGCGCUCUGUGCCGUGAUCAGCAGGAUACUGGGAACAAGUGUGACUGAGACCCUCCUCCAGCACAUCGGAGACGUGGUUCACAUCUUCUCCCACAUCCACCAGACGUAUGUGGUUCACAUUGUCCACCUGAAAGACUCGGGCACACAAACACACACUGAAAACGCACAGUGGCUCAGCGGAGCUGCGCUACAGGAAGCUGCCGUGUCCACAGGAGUGAAAAAGAUUGUGAAGCUGUAUGCUUCUGUGGAGAGUCAGAAAGAACAGACCUCUAAGAAUGGAAAGAAGCUAAACGCUAAUGGUGUCAAAAAUAACAAGAAACCACCUCCCUCCAAAAAAAUUAAAAUGGGCGCAGAGAGCAGCGGAGGCCGACAGCUCUCACUCAGCUGCUUCUUCAAAGCAGUGAAGGAGGAGAGUUGAUGGAGCUGGGUGUGAAAGUCCAACAUGGUGCCUUCACAAGUGUAUGAGCUCCCCUGUUUCCACAUGAAUGUAUCGUUUUGAUCUCAUCACCGAAUUCUAUCCAAUAAUUUGAAGAGAUACGUUUUUUAAAUGGCUUCACAUUGAUUGUGUAUACAGCUCUUAUAAAUCCCUUUGGGGACUUUUAGUGCAUAAUGCAGAUUUUUUUCAUUGACCUCAUUGCAGAUCCGAUUUUUAUCACCAAAUUAUGAUCAUGCAGACUUUUGCCCUUUCACCUUUAUGAUUAAGAUGUGAACACUAUCUCCACCGCUGAGCGUUCUCCAGAGCUCUGGCAGUUCACGGUUGGAGAACAUCAUCAGUGUUGAUGAGAAAAACCCUGACAGUAAUUUAGCUGAACAAUGACUAAGAUGUUUUCCUUUGUGUAGCCUAACUAAUGUCUAUAAACUCCUCUGACUGUUCACAACACACCCACAACAAUAUCUGUUUAUGAUCCGACCACAGUAUUAAAUAAAGUUUACGUUUGUGUAAAAUGAGUCACUGUCUCUGAUUCGGGUAACACUAUAUUCUCUUCAGGCUUUAACUGGAUCAUUUGUUUGCUACAAUAACCUUGAACCACUUUGAAUAUCACACAGAUACUAUGCACCCAACAGAUGUCAACUUUUUUGUUCUCAUUAUUGUUUGUGUCACAAUAAAAUUUAUU